AUUCACACUCUACAACCACAGGUGGUGCUGCUGAGUCAUUUAAGGCCGCCAGAGCAACUGUUGUUUGCGCAUGGUGCCGUCCGCCAAAAAUAACAAAGAAGAAGCAGCAGGUUCAGGUUGGGGAGCAAAAUGUCUGACAGAAGAGAGAGGAAACAAGCUCAACCUACGGUUGUCGUGAUGAAGAUGAGGUCCAGAUGGAGGAUGUGGUUCUUCACGUGCACGGAUGCGCCGAAGGACUCCGUACUUUCAUCGAGACCACCGAGAAGCUUCUAGAGCCGUUCACCUGCCGACCUCCUCCGGUCUUCGCCCCCUGGUUCUCAGACACCGCAGCAAGUGGCAAAGCCCCGCCCAUCAGACCGGCUAAACGUCCGCCCGUCCUCAGCGGCGGCCAUCACGAGCAAAGGCGAGCUGACGUGUGCGGUCCCGGCGGUCAGGCGGCGGCAGCACGUGAGGACCGCCCCCUCCCGUCCACCACGCCCUCCCCCAAGCGCUCCUGGAGCGUCUUGGCUUCCAGAGGCGCCGUCCAGCGCUCGCCUUCGCUCUCCAAGCGCUUCUGUGGCAGCGUGGCGCUGCACGGCCUGCACCCCCAGCAGAGGUCCAAGUGGGUCAUCAGCCAGCACAACUGUGGACCACAGGACUUGGAACAGGUGUGGCGGGCGGUGCAGCGCUGCAGCUUGGCCACGGCCAACGCCAACAUCCAGCGCGAGCGUGCAGAGAUCUGGGUGUUCUGCGACCUGCUGCACUCGGAGCAGGUGGGCCGCGUCCUGAAGGAGCGCCUGGAGCUGGCGGGCACCAUCGGCCUGUUCGUCCACAGGCGGGGACGCGUCUUCAGCCUGUAGCCCACCUCCCGUUUGAAAAUACUUUUAUCAUCUAUUUAUUUCUUGUGACAAAUCAAACUUGAUUUGAUAUAAAUAUCAAAUGUGGCACAAA